AUGGCACAAACACCAUUAGAAGUCUUCAAUGGUAUUAGAAAAGUUACAAGUCUUAACAAAGGCUACUCAAAGAAGGCCUAUAUAACAUUUUUAGCAGGUAAUGGAGACUUCAUAAAAGGAGUGGUCGGAUUGGCUAAAGGUUUGAGAAAGGUGAAAAGUGCAUAUCCUCUCGUGGUUGCAAUCUUACCAGAUGUGCCAGAAGAACAUCGUGAGAUUUUAAGGUCUCAGAAUUGCAUUGUUCGAGAGAUUCAACCCGUUGACCCACCCAAAAACCACAUUCAGUUUGCAGUGGCUUACUAUGUUGUUCUCUACUCGAAACUUUGUGUAUGGAAUUUUGAGGAAUAUAGCAAGAUGGUGUAUUUAGAUGCAGAUGUCCAAGUUUUUGGCAACAUCGACAAUCUCUUUGAUUUGCCAGAUGGGUAUUUCUACGGAGUGAUGGACUGUUUCUGUGAGAAGUCAUGGAGCCAAUCACCACAGUACUCUAUUGGGUAUUGUCAGCAGUGCCCAGACAAGGUGAAAUGGCCGGCGGAGAUGGGUUCACCUCCUCCCUUGUACUUUAACGCUGGGAUGUUCGUUUUUGAGCCAAGCCGUUUGACUUAUGAAAGCCUUAUUGAGGCUGUCCAAAUCACUCCAACAGGACCGUUUGCAGAUCAAGAUCUCUUGAACACAUUCUUCCAAAAGAUGUUCAAACCAAUUCCUCUGGCCUACAAUCUGGUUCUAGCUAUGUUAUGGCGCCACCCAGAAAAGCUGGAGCUCGAGAAGGUUAAAGUAGUACACUAUUGUGCAGCAGGAUCAAAGCCAUGGAGUUAUACCGGCAAAGAACCUAACAUGGAUAGGAUGGAUGUCAAGAUGUUGGUUAAGAAAUGGUGGGAUAUUUAUAACGAUGAGUCACUUUAA